UUUUAUUUAAAGUAGAUAUUUUUUUAAUUAUCAAAGAAAAAUUAUCUAUAUGGGGAAUUUUGGGGAACAGUCUUGUGCGCUAUGCCUCAGUGUCUUACGCGAUGGGAAUUUUGAAGAAAUACAUGGUGUUACAAAGGAUAUUUUAGAAGUUAUUUUGCCGAAACUCAAUUUUGAUAGCGGCACUAAACAAGUAAUAUGUAAUGUUUGUUCACUAGAAGUAUUGGAAGCAUUCAAAUUCAAGUCGACGUGUCUCUAUACUCAUAACAUCAUAAUUUCUUACAUGGACGACGGAACAGGAUGUUCUGUUGACUUAAGAGAGAUUUAUGCAAAGGAAAAGGGAAUCGAACAAUUAAUCGACACAUCAGACGAGCAUAAAGUAUGUCGAUUUUGCAUGCGGCUAAUAAGCACCGAAUUUAUCUCAGUACAAGAAGCAAAUAUGGAUAUGAUCAAGACUUUUAUACCAGAAAUAAAUUUCAGUGUCAUCAAAGAUCCCGUUACCUGUAGACAGUGUUUUGAUUCCUUCGAUGUUCACAGUAGCUUUGUAAGAAGAUGCUUGGAAGUAGAGAAAGGAAUUGAAGGUAUUUACCGCAUGGUCCCCAGUGCUCAGCGAUCAUUAGUUUCCAGAAUUAAAACCGAAAUCGAAAUUAAAUCUGAAGCAAUUGAACAUGAAGAGGAGUUGAGCGAAGCGGAAUCUGCCAGAGCGAAACCUGGAGACAAAGAUAUGCGGAUUAAAACUGAGGCCAUUGAAAUUAAAAUGGAAGAAAAUGAUGAUGAGAGUGACAGAUCUGAUUCUGAAUUGAAACACAUUUCCCAACUUGAAGAAACCAAAAGUAGUUCUAUGAGCCAUAUUUUGAAACGCAAGAAGGCGGCAGCGAAAGAAGUACACAGAUGUGAAAAAUGCGAUUAUAAGACCGUGUUCAGAAACCACUUUGCGAAUCAUCAGCUGGUACACGAAGAUCCUUCCAAAAUAAAAGAGCACAAAUGUGACAUUUGCGGCUAUGCAGCCAAAAAGAGAUGCUAUCUCUUGCGCCACCUAUUAUCUCACAAGAGUCCCUGCGAAGUGGACAUGUUCAAGUGUAUCUAUUGCGAUUAUGAGUCAAAAACUAAGCCCUACAUACGAAGACAUUACAUAAUUCAUCAUGGGGGGAACUUGCUGGACCCCGAGGAGAAUUCAAAAAUAACACAAAUGCUUAACCUCAAAUACCCGUUACCUGUGCAAGUGCUCAAAUGCGGUAGAUGCCCCUACAGUACCCUGAGCGAAGUGAAUUUUUUAGACCAUCAGUGCAAGCCGGUCGAGAAAUUGUACCUGAAAUGUGACCAUUGCUGUUACACGACCACAUCUAAGAACUGCCUCAGAGCGCACCAAAUAGUGCACAAGAACCCCUCGAAUAAGUACAAAUGUCACAAUUGUAAUUACGAAACGAGGUAUAAGAACCACAUUACAAGACACCUACUAAAACAUAAAAAUCCCGAGCAAGUGCAGAUGCGCAAAUGCAUGUACUGCAGUUUCGAAUCGAAAUAUAAAGAGGGUUUGAUGUCGCAUCUGUUAAACAUUCAUACAGACAUCCUAUACGACCCCAAGGAGAACUUGAGGGUACAGCGUAUGCUGAACCUCAAAAAACCAUUUUCGCUAGAGAUAUACAAGUGCGAUAAAUGCAUCUACGAAACAGUAAACAGGUGCACAUUCAACGCCCACCUGUUGACACACAAGGACCCGUCACACGCCCGAAUGUACAAGUGUGAUGUGUGUGAUUUUGAAACCAAGAAUAAGAAAAGUCUUCGUAACCACAAACUGAAUCACGCCAAGGGGCUAAAUUUCAAGUGCGACACCUGCGGUUACACGACCAGGCAGAAAAACCAACUUAAUCGCCACAAGUUAACACACAAAAGCACCUCCGAAAUAAAAAUGUACAAGUGUCACACGUGCGAUUACGAAACCAAGCAUAAGGGUAGUCUUGUACAUCACCAAUUAGUGCAUAAAAGUCCUUCCCAGCUGCGAAUGUACAAGUGUGACGCCUGUAAUUUUAAAACCAAGUAUAAGAAUAGUAUCGAUAAACACAAACUGACGCACAAGGAUCCGUCCCAGGUGCGAUUGUACAGGUGCGACGCAUGUGGCUACACAGCCAAACAAAAAAACAAUCUUACCCGUCACCAGUUAAAUCACAAAAAUUCGUCUGAAAUGAGAAUGUACACAUGUGACUGUUGCGAUUACGAAUCCAGGCAUAGGAAUAAUCUUAAAAAACACCGAUUACAGCAUGAACGUUCUUCAGAGGUGCAAGGAAAUGAAAUAUUACAGUAAAAAUUUCACGACAAUUAUACUUUCAGUUCAAUAAAACAUGUAGUGCAAGGGAGGGUUGUGUUAAAAGUUUUAGAGAUACCUUUUUAUACAGUGUGACUCAGAUAUUAGUAAUAUAUAGGGUCUCCAAAAAACGAUGGGCAAUCUCUCAGAUUUGCACUUGAAUUUGCAAAAAUAACGUUUAGCCUCUAUAAUGUAUUUAUAUUUCUACUGACCCUACAGAGUUAUUAUCUUAAAGUUGGGAAUUGAAUAUUGAUUUUUUUCAUAGCAAUUUUUGGGUAAAAGUUUUUAAGGCUUUCAUACUUUGUCAAGUGAAAAAGGUGUGUGCUUUAUUGAUGUAAUGGACUGUUUUCGAGGUAGAUAUCUUUUCAUAAAGACCAAUUCAAAAUAUGUUGGAAAUAGUGUAGUAUCUUUUUCGUUAACUGCAUUUAUCUAAAAAAUGUAUCGAUAACAAACAAGUAUAUUUCAUUUAAAAAAAGUACUGAAGUCAUAAAUGCGAUAAAAAUGUUAAAAGUAUAUAAAUUUUUUUGGUUGACAACAUGUCGUGUGGAUUCCCGGGCCCCAACAAUUGCUCUCGGUAAAUUGAAAACACCAGAAGAAAGCUUCAAAUUAUAGCUUUUACCCAAAAGUUAUCCAUUUUUAAAACUAUAAAAUAUAUGUUAUUUUGGCUUGUGCUACCGAAAUUCGAAAGAUUGCCCACCAUUUCCUUGAUGUCCUAUAAACGAUUCUAUUGCAGCCACUUCAAUAAUUUUUAUUCUGUUGGUUGUGUUUUGUUCUCUUGUCUAUAAAAAAUUAAUUAGAUGCUAUCCCAAUGAGAUAUA